AUGAUUUUAAAAACUGUAAAUAACUGUAGUGUUUGCAAAAAAUACAAAAUAAUUAACAGUCAGCCUCAAAACAAUGCAAAAAUAGAAGCAACAAAGUUAUAUGAAAGGAUUUCAACUGGCAUUUUUGGUUCUUUAAAUAUUAUAUCGGCAACUUAG